UUGUGUUCAGUGGUGGAAAUCUUGCGUUUCCUGUUUUAUAAGAGCUGGAACGGGUUAUGUGCACCGAGAGAGAAAGAGCUGAGCCGGUCAGACUGGCUUGCUUGGAACUGCCGACGGCAGCCACACUAUCUGGGAGCAGUUGACACAAAUUCGGAGCCAAGUGUAGGCAGUCGGACCUAAACCUGCUGGAAGCCGGCCGUAGUUCCUCCAGUGGUGUUGCACCUGUUGACAGUCGAAGAAGGUCAAUGGAUGUGGAGGCCCAACAUCCUGCUGUGCCAGUGCCACCACGUGAAGGACUAGAAGCUCAAAUGAGGCUGAGCGAGAAGAGAGGAGCGAUGAUGAUUGUGAGCGUGCUGAUAGCAACGCUGACUUACCAGGCCACCCUCAACCCUCCUGGUGGCUUCUGGCAGGAUGACAAGCUGCGGAACGCAUCCAAUACCACCUUAUCAGUACAACCCUUUGCAGAUGACCACUUCGCAGGCAUAGCAAUCAAUGCUCGAUACGAAGGCUCCUACAACAACUUUGUGAAAUGUAAUGCGGUGGGAUUAUUUGCAUCGCUGGCCACCAUCUUGCUGUUGACAAGCGCCACAACCAUUGAGCGGCCGAUCAUGAUCUGGGGGUUGAUGCUUGUAAUGUGGGUCUCCGUCUUCUCCGUUGCAUUUAGCUUCGUCUUCGGAGUACGCUUGAUCGCGGCUGGAACGAUGACAAAAACUCUAGCAGUGCUUUUGUUAUCCUUUAUCUCGCUCCUUGGCAUACUGCUUGUAGUGCACACAUCGAUAGGCGUGAGGGAGCUUCGAAGCUGGCUAAAGAAUAAAAUGUCAUGCCGUGGAGCUGCUUAAUUGAUUUGUGUGCUGUCUCAGUUGUUCGGACUAAGGUGCGGAUGUGGUCAUAUUUGAUAUUAUUCAGAUAUGUGACUCAUAAUAUAGA